AUGGACACAGCUCCUAAUUAAGAUUAAAAUCUAUCUUCUCAUCAAAUUAAAUAAAAACUUUUAGAUCUAUUUGAUUUAAAUGAAAAUAUUGAAUAAUCAAGAUCUGAGAUCAAUUAAUGGAACGAACUUCUUUUGAUAGAGCAAAACAUAUCUUUGAGAAACUAGAUAAUAGCUAAUAUUUAAUCUUAGCAAUCAUCUUUCAUGUAAGAAUCUCUACAAAACGAGAGAAACGAAAUCUAAAAACAAACCCAGUAUUUCAAAUAAGCUAAACUGAAUAUAAUCAAAAAAACAGAAAAAUUGCUAGAUGAUCUUAUUGCUAAUCUUUAUUCAAAAAAAGCUAGAAUAUACUAAGCAAUUUGUUUUUAUGAUGAAAUUCCUAUUUCCUUUGAAGAAGAUGCUAAUCUAAUUAAAGUGUACAAUAGCUAAGGUGUGUGUGAAUAUAGAGUCCAAGGAUGUAAAGACAUAUUUUCCAUCUAAAGGAUUCCUAUAAAUCCUCAAAAAAAAUAUAAACUAGAAAUAGAAAUUAAAAAUUGCUCAAAUUAGACAUCAUUUAUUGGAUAUAAGUCCUAUAACUAAAAUUAUCCAAUUUAUGACCGUUAAAGCAUAGUCUUUUAAAGAACUGAAGUUUUGCUAAUAGGAUUAGAUAUGGAGAAUAAGGCAUUUAUAGUUAAUAAUAUAGAUAAUAAUUUAUCCAGAUGGAAUAAUCCCAAUGCAGAAUACUAUGAAAAAUACAUUGGUUUUUAUAAGUCAGGUAAUAUUAACGAGUUCAUCAAAGCCGAAGAAGUAAUCAUUUAUAAUGAGGACUUAAAAACAGCCUACAGAGAAAUAGAUGUUUUAAAUAAUAAAAUUUAUUUGAAUGACUGGGCUUGGACUUAUUACAUGAAUACUCUUCACUCAUAAACCUAUCUAAAUUAAACAAUCUUAAUGAAUCAUGGUGGUGGGGGUACUUAUAACUAUUGUGAAGAGAUUAAAACACAUCACUCUGACUGGACUAAGAAAUUCUAUGAUCUUAGUACUUUCAGAAAAUUUACAGAUACUAUUGAAAUCUGCAUUUUAGCAAACUACUAAGGCAUUCAAAGCAAAGUUUUUGAAUUUAGAAAUGUUAAUUUUUUUGUUUGCGAAGAUGACAAUGAAUGA